GUUCGGUGCUCGGAAGCGCGCCAAGCGCGCUCUUACGGAGAAGUUUUGAAAAGGAGGGAAACUCGUGUGACAUGAGUGCGAGUGUUUGGUUUUUGGAGGUCCCAAAACACAUCGAUCGUGAUCGCUCAUACGAUGGCAGUCGCAGCAGCAUUUCCGUGCCAACCGGAGAAACAUUCCUCCAAAGCGGUUUUCGAGCUGACCGACGCAGAUGUUGGCAUCCUCUUCGACUGUGCCACUGGUGUACGUCCGCAAGCAGUUGGGUGCCACAUACCGGCUGACGUGCCUUAUGUCCAACUGUUUGGCCAGCCAAUAUGUCGCACCCACUUUACCCGCACCCAGCUGACCCGACUGUUUUGGGCAGCAAGGUCAAAGAUCAUUGCUCUACAGAAUGACCCAAGUAACCACAGGGGCUCACAUGGUUCUUGUGGGGCCUCACAACUUCACUAUGAAGUGUCGUCAUUUCUCAGCUUCAUCAGGCAUGAAGUCGAAAGGGUUGCAGACAGUGCGUCGGCCAGGAUGCAUGACAUGCCAUCGCACAGCCGAGACACAGACAGGCUUGGCCCUCGUGAGCUGUGCUGCUGUCUGCUGGACGAACUGAGGCUGACGCUGCGUGUUACGGGCCACUUCUCGGACGUGCCACUGGACAAGAACCAUUGCCGCUCCACUGACAACUGCCGUUUCCAUGUAGCGCUUGAGGCAUGGUGGACUGCCCUUCGAGUGGCUGACAUCGUCAUGUCGUCCCACUUGCUCAGAGGUGCUGAAAUCUCAUUCUGUGACCUGGGCGGCUUUGGGCAGAACACUCUCUUUGCUCAAGUGGCUGUGCUCUUCCUGGCAGACCUGUGCUGCCUGUCAUCCCGUUUUUUCCAGAGCCGAGGUGCCUUGCCGCAGGAGAGUGAACGGGCAUUUCCUUGCACGUGCGUGCGUGACGCCUGGGCCAUGGCAGCUGAUCUCAUCGGUCGGAGGCACGAACACUUUGCCGAAGAGGCAUUUCGGACCUACGUGAACUUUGUGCUUGAAGUGGUCUGCCCGCAGUCCAGCAGGGACCUUGAACUGGACCUCAAUUGCUUCUGCCUGUCUUCAUUUUCCGUAAGUGUGGAAGAAAGUGACCGAGCUGCGUUCUGCUUGUGGAUGCUCAGUGCCAUUGCAGAGGCCAGCAAGGAUUCUCUCUGGAGCACCAAGGGAAAGUGCAACUAUGCCGCAGCCCAGAAAUUUGUGAUGGCCGUGACAGCUGAGCCGAAGGAGGCACUGAUGCGAGUGGUUGUCCGUUCCUGCAUGAGCCUGCACAGGGUCUGGGAGCCAAGCAUCGAUCUUCUGCAGUCACUGCUUGACUUUUUCCUCAAGAACUUGAAUGAAAAUUUUCUUACCGGUUCAAGUGGAGUCCAAGCAUUCCAAGUCAUCUGCCAAACAAGCCAGCAGAUGCACGUCCGCGCCAGGGCACUGGUUGACAUAAAUGACCUGGGAGCGAGGGGGGCAGAGAACAGCUAUGAGCUCUUCCUUAUGCUGCUGGCCCACAGUCUUCACAGGCAGUCUCCAGAGGGCGUCAGCAGUGCUUGGAAGUCACUGCGUGGACGCAUCUGCAGCCGGUUUCACGCCAAGCGAGUGGAGGAACUCACCGAGCUGGGCUUACAGAACUGCUCGCUGUUGUUUCUGGUGCUCGCCCUGUCCAUCGACCUGGAGGAACCGGUCGAGCGGAUGCUGUCGGUGCUUGCGCUAGUACCUGUUGAGAGCCCGGUGGAGAAGCUGCAGGUGGCCCUAAGGAGCCUGUUUGCGGUGCUCCUCCUGCUGCAGGCGAGCUCAGCCGACCUGGCUAAGGUGGCACAGAGGACAGCUGGGUGGUUCUUCGAGCGCUGCAUAGGUCUGGGGCCACAGAGUGGAAAUGCCACCAUUCACUCAUUGCGGUCCUUGCUGCUGCCUGUCUACACGGAAGGAAUCCGGGAGCUUAUGGAUGCCAGCUCACAGCUAGACUGCUCAGAGCAUGCAUUGCUGGUGCCCGAGAUGGCCUUGCUGCUGGACCAAUGUUCCACUUCCCAGCAAGAGGACGUGCUGGGAACCAUCCAUGAAGUGGCAGAAAAGCUGAGGAUGGUCCACAAGCGGGCUCUCUCUCGGAACCUUGAAAGAACUGAUGGUGACAGAAAGCUGCUGGCACAGCACAGGGGCUUCAGUGAAGCCAUCUUCAAAAGUACGCUGCAGUUUCUGCACAAGGCACUGGCGCUACCUGUCCAGGCUGCAUCACCAGCCACCUGCUUCACCGACCUGGCCGUGAACCUCACGCUUCUAGCACUUGACCUGCCAUCAUCACAGGCGGUUCCAGUGAAGGCCAACUUUUCAAGCCUUUUUGAACAUUUUGGCUAUUCACCUCACACGCAUCCCAGUGCAUCUGGCCGCUUCUUGUGCCUGGUGCUGGAAGAUGGCCAGGCGUGCUCUGAGCUGGAAGCACGUGUCCCAAACAGUGAUGCGAGACUUGUCCAGGCCUGGCUUCGUUGCUGCGUUGGGGUGGAGCCACCGAACUCGGAGAUGACUCGACUCUCGCGGAUUGUGCUAGGCCGCAAGGAGUUUGCCAACUACAACAGCUUGGUGGGCGCCGUGGUACCUUCCGACGAGGUGACGGCGCAUGACGACCUCGUUGUCUACUUCCUGGACUGCCUGGCGCAGUACGCCGACAUCGUCUCUGCAAUGGAUGGCAUCUCGUCGCUGGCUCAGCUGAGGCAGAGCCUUGCCGGUUAUCUCAGAGAUUUUGUUGCUGUGGCAACGGGUCAGCUGCGGAACAGCGUUGCAGCCACGGCAACGCGUGACAGCCUAGGCAACGUGUACCACCUUUGUGGCCAGCUGUUUCGGUUGUGUGCUGGCCUCAUCUAUACCAGGGGCAUGGCAGACUGUGUGCUUCCGAGGCUGCUGGACUCUUUGAUCUUGCCUGGUGCAUUGUAUGCUGGGAAGCUCAUCCCCCAGGCCCAGCUGGCUGCCAUCAAGCAGCACCUGCCCUUGUUCAUCUGUGGACUCUUGUCACUGAACCCGCAGACAGAUGCCUACAUUGAGAGGAAGUUGAAGGACAUCGUAGUCCACUACCUUCCACUUUUCCCAACGCAAACACAAAGCUCCAUUCACCACACUGGAGAGCAUCCACUUCUGGCAACACUCGAGAGCUGCGGAGGAGCGUGCCGUGCUGCUGCAGAGAGGAGGGCGGCAUACGUUGGCUUUCUCCUGGACUUCAUUCAGAGGCACUUCAUGGCCAAGAAGAGUGUGUCAGGAACUCACCUCAAUCAGGCUCUACGGUUCCUUCUAGAACUGCUAAAGCACUUGGCACCCUUGAAAAAAGAUUGCACGAGCGUCCUGCAGUCAGGAUUGCCCAACCUGCUGAAGAGCCUCAGCAUGCUGAGUGGUGAUACCAGAACAAACCGAGAAUUGAUGUCUCAAGUUACACGUGCUGUGACGAUGUUCUCUACGGCCAUGGCUGUCCCAAGGUGAAGCAAGCGGUUGGCUCUGCAAAAGGAGUUAGGCUGCCUCAUGCGUGACGCACUGUUUGAUUAUUAGAACUACCAGAUCUGUCGUCCAGGUCGCUGGCCGCUUCAUCCACAUUGUGGUUCCACAACAGCUGGUCCUCGCAGUCGCUUCCGGCCGUCUGCCGUUAUCGGAAGCAUCACUCUGCUUUUCGGCACCUGUUGUUCCGACAAGCACGCUGUGUGCGCUGCCUCUUUCCUCGACCAUCCUGCUCAUGUGCUGGUCAAAGUUUAUCCGUGUCUGACCAGUGUUUCCCUUCUAUGAGCAGAUAAACUCUCUGUCCCACAGCAGUCGUCUAACUUGACUUAGGCCUCGUCGCACACAGAGACGCCAAAAACGGGCAGAAAAGUGAGCAAAAAUUAGACACUACACCCGACUAUGUCCACUAUGCUGGAUAUGUGCCGGCCGCCCUUUCUUCACUUGGACUCUCCUGUCUGCUGCACCCAACCGAGCAUUGAACGCUCUCUCUCCGCUUACGUCAGAGUAAAGUCCAUAAACGGAGUAAAUUUGCUGUUGUAGAGAGUAGUUGUGGUUCUUUUAUCUCAAGUAUGCGAAGUGUCUUUGCGCCGGCACUGGCGGCAAACGGGCAGUUAUAACAGGCAGUGUUCUCAUGCUCGCUCUUUCCGUCAGGUCCCAAGCAACCGUGAUAACAUGCAGCCUAUUCUUACCACAAGCUUACCGCCAGUGUUCUUUCGUAACGGCUUUGCUAUCAGCUUUGGUCAUCAAACCCACCGCCCCUGCUCCAGU